AUGGAUUCACUAAUUGAGAAACUCAAUGAACGUCAGGUGGGAAACCUCAGCCUGAAUGUAUUCUAUUCGACUCCGGCUUGCUACACCAAGGCCGUUAAUCGGGAAUUUUUGAAAAUGAACACUCUGUCUCAACGUACCGGUGAUUUCUUUCCGUACGCGUCCAAUGUGCAUAAUUAUUGGACAGGGUUCUACACAAGCAGGCCGGCCUUCAAAUUCUUUGUACGACUGCAUUCUCUGGUGCUCACUAUCGCAGAACAG